AUGACAUUUCCAAAUUAUUUCAAAUUUUUUAUACAAGAUUCCAUAGAACAAGAUAAACAAAAGAAACAUGAAGAUUCUAAGACCAAAGAAGAAAGAAAGCGGGAAGAAAUCAGACGUUUCGAAGAAGCUUUAAGAAAACGACAGGAGAGGGAAGAAGAAGAAGAACAAAGACGGCAACGUGAAAAAUAUUGGAAAGAAAUGAAAGAAUACCAAGAAAAAAAGGAAAGAGAGAAAGCGCAGAAGGCUCAGAAAGACGCUGCUGAGCAAAAGAAAAAGCGUUAUUGGUGGCAGGACGAUAAGAGCGAAGCUUUCUCAAAAUCUAGUAGAUCAUCGAUUUCUAAAAGUGAUGAUAGUUCAUUCACAAGCGAUUCUAGUUCUGAAAGUAGUGAUAGUAGUUCUGAAUGGAGUUCUGACAGCUCAUCUUCGAGCAGUUCAUCAGAUUCUGAUUAA